AUGCUACAGGAAGGGGCCGCGUGGCGGCCGCACUUUGCCCGCGAGCUGGCGCAUGCCACGGGUCUGGCGGGCGACUUUGAGGGCACGGCGCGCCAUUACGCAAUCGCGCUCUCGCUCGGCGGCGUGCGCGAUCAUGCUACCGUCGGCGAGGCGCUCAGCGCACUCGCAGCGCACCACGAGCAAGCCGACGUCCGCCUCGCCGCCGGCUUCUUGCGCGGCGCAGCGAGCGCCUUCGCCGCCGCCGCCGGUGACGGGUCCCCGGACGGUGCGCCGGACGCCUCCUCCGCAGCGGCGGCGGCGCACAGGCGCGCCGCCGAGACGGAGGAGGCGUUGCACGCCCUCGGCGAAGCGGCGGCAGAGGGAAGCGGCGGCGCGCUUGCCUCGGGGUGGGAGGGGCGCCUCGCCGCGGCGCAGUCGCACUAUGAGCGCGCGCUCGCGCUGCAGCCGGGGCUGGUGGAGGCGUACGACGGCCUCGGCCGCCUGCUCCUCGGCACGUCGCGCCUCUCCAACUUUGGCGCCGUGCAUGCGGCCGCGCUGCACGUGCGCGAGGCGGAGGCGCUGCUUCGGACGGCGGCUGCGCUCGACGGGGCGCCGAGUGAGCGGCCGAGGAGCGAGGCAAGCGGCGGCGGCGCGCAGGCCGACGAGGAGGGCGCCAAGCGCCUGGCGGAGCGCCGCCGGUGGCGCGCCGCGCAGCUCGCCUUCAUCGACCGGACGCGGCGCGAGGUGGAGGGGUGGAGCGAGGUUGUGCGUUCGCUCGGGCCGCCGCCGCCGCCAUCAUCUGCUUCUCGCAGCGCUCCGGCCGCGGCGGCGACGGCGGGGUGGGAGCCGCCCUCAUGGUUGGCGGGCGCGCCGGAGAUCGCUCGGAAGAGAGCGCCCUCGUCCGAGGCGGAGAUGCGAGCCGUGGUGGAGGCGGGCGAGCCUGUUGUGCUCGUCGGCCUGCAGCAGGCCACGGGCUUUGCGCCGGCGAGCCGGUGGGGGGCGAGUGCGCUGCGCGCGGCGUGCGGCGACUCCACUGUCAAGGUCGGCGUCUCGCCCACGGGCAGGUACGACGGGCCCGAGGCGGGGCACCGCUGGGGGCUGCCAGCCGGCAGGGAGGUGCUCGUGCGGCCGCCCGAGACUUUCAUGCGGCUGGGCGACUACCUGCGCCUGCUCGAGGAGCCGACGCCGGAGUCCUUCUACGUCGAGUACAACGCGCUGCACCAGUACCUCGGCGCGCCUGUGCGCGCGAUGGCGCCGGUGCCGCCGCAGGCGCUGUACCUCAGGCCGCUGCUCGCCAACCUCUGGCUGGGCAAAGGCGCGACGACGUCGCCCCUCCACUACGACGAGUACGAGAACCUUCUCGCUCAGGUGUCUGGCACCAAGGAGCUCGUCCUCUUCCCGCCCUCCGACUUGCCCCACCUCUACUACACGCCGCGCGCCAAGGGCACGCUCCGCUAUGCCUGGCCAAACACCUUUGAGCGGCUGCCCGUCAGCGAGGCGGACGCCGGCGCGCGCGUAGUCUUUGCCUCGUCCGUCAACGUGUCGCAGCCCGACUUGCGCGCCCAUCCGGCGCUGCAGCGCGCGUCGCCGCGCCGCUGCACGCUCCGGCCCGGAGAGACGCUCUACCUGCCCGCCUUUUGGCACCACGAGGUCCACUCGCGCUGCGCUGCGCAAGGCGAACUCAACGUCGCUGUUAACUUUUGGUUCAGGAACGCUACCCGUCCGCCCGAGGGGUCCUAUGACUUGAUAUAA